AUGGCGUCAAAAGUGACUUUAGCUCUUUUAGUCUGUGUAGCGGUCUCGUUUAUGCGGCCAGUUGCGGCAACAUCUGUUCAACUACCAGCUGUGUACCCACUUGUGAACAUAUUAUUACCACUUCUCAACAACGUAUACAACCUUCUUUUAUCGCUCCUGUCAAUCUUCGACACACUCCCGCCACCUAUUAGCGCCCUAAUACCAGUGGAUUUAAGUGCACUUGAAACGUCACUUUUGAAGCUAUACUCCCAAGCUCUAGCAAUAGUGAACUUUUUGAGGUCGCUACCAGAAUAUGCGGUUGGCGCGAAUCCUAGUACGCCGACUUCCGGUAUUGCCAACAUGCAAAAUUUACUCACGAAUCUUGUGUCAUCCGUUUCCGAGCUCGCAGACGACGUUUUGGUGGGCAUUGGCGGGGCUUUGCUGCCAGGUUUAUUACAAUUGGUCGUCAUGGUGGUACAAACCGUGCUUAACUUGCUACUUUAA